CACUCAAAAAAACUUCAUUUCUGUACCAGGUUAUUUCACUGAGUCUGAAUAACCAGCUUUCAAAUAUACCGUUUUAUUUAUUUUUUGGGUCUCUAUUUUUCAAAGGCUAUUAGAAACAAAAUUAUUUAAGAGAUUAUUAUUGUUACUGGUAUCAGACAAUAACCUUGGCAUUACUAGGUGUGAGACUAGAAUGUAAACAGUGUUAAUUAUCUGUUAAGAAUUCCUCAUCUGAUUAAAUUAUCAACACUGACAUUAUAGACAUGGAUAGAGAAUGGACAAUGGUUGCAUUGGCUCUGCUUUGUGGUAUUGUGUUUUUCCUGCUGAAGUGGAGUGGACAGAAGCAGAAUUUGGAGAGGAAAUUACAGACAGCGAGAAAAAAGAGAGAAGCAGGUCUCAAGCAGGCAGAACAAGCUGUGAGCCACUUUAAGGCAGAGCAUCCUGGCCUUGAUUUGAAUCUCAUCGUGGAUCUUCCUUUAUCUGAGCUCAGUCAGCAAAUAAGAGACGGCUCUCUGCAGCCAGAUUUUGUGCUCCAUGCUUACAUUGAAAAGGCUCUGGAGGUGAACAGUAAAUUCAACUGUGGCACUGCCUUUCUCAAGGAAAGUCUGAAACAGCUAGAGGACAUUGAAACCCACAAAGAUGGCAUUCUCUACGGGAUUCCCGUUAGCAUUAAAGAGAAUUUUGAUUAUCAGGGCUAUGACUCUACAUGUGGAGUGUCUGACAUGGUGAACAGUCCUGCAGCUGUGGAUAGUGUGGUGGUCAGAGUACUGAAGAGGCAAGGCGCAGUUCCCUUCAUCAAAACAAAUGUUCCGCAGGCCCUUAUAAAUUAUGAAUGUAGUAACCCAAUUUACGGGACAACGGCAAACCCCCACAACCUUCAGAAGACAUGUGGUGGCUCUACAGGAGGAGAAGCUGCUCUGAUUGGAGGAGGUGGAUCAAUUCUGGGCUUGGGAAGCGACCUUGGUGGAAGCCUUCGCAUCCCAGCAUCCUUUUGUGGCCUUUGUGCUUUCAAGCCUACAGCCAAUAGGAUAAGCUCGCUCGGACUGAACAGUUGCGUUAAAGGCAGAAAGUCAGUUCUGUCCUCUGUUGGCCCCAUGGCACGUGAUGUGAACAGUCUUGCACUGUGUAUGAGAGCUUUACUCAACAAAGAUAUGUUCACUCUGGACCCUACAAUUCCCCCGUUACCAUUCAAACAGGAGGUAUACGAGAGCUCUGAGCGUCUGAGGAUUGGUUAUUAUGACAAUGACGGAUACCUGCAGCCAUUUCCAUGCAUGAGCAGAGCUCUACAAGAAGCCAAGGCACUUCUGGAACAAGCAGGCCACAAGCUGGUCCCCUUUAAGCCCCCCCACAUAUACACUGCUAUCCCUGAGUACUUCAUGAAAGUUUUGCUUGCUGAUGGAUGCGCCUCCUCUUCUAGCCACCUGAAGGAGGACCCAAUUAACCCAUGUAUGCAGCAUGGCAUCCCUUUUGGUCUUCCUCGCUUUGUUAAAAAGAUUAUCUCACUAGUCCUAAGCUUCACACACCCACAUAUUGCAUCCCUUGUGGAUUCCACUUGUGGAGUCAGCUCUGUUGCAGACUUAUGGAAACAACAGAGUACAAUUGAGAAUUAUAUCAACAAAGUCAUAGAAGAAUGGAAUAACUUAGAGUUGGAUGUGUUGAUCUGUCCCAUUUUGGGUCCAGCCUUAAACUACACCUACUCUGGAAGAUUAACAAGUGGUACGAGUUACACAGCAUUGUACAACCUGCUCAACUUCCCUGCUGGUGUUAUUCCUAUCACUAAAGUCACAGCUGAGGAUGAAGAUCAGCUCAGAUGCUACAAGGGGACUUUUGGAAGCUAUGCAGAUAAGCUCUUUAUCAAGGCGGUGGAAGGUGGUGUGGGUCUGCCGCUAGCAGUGCAGUGUGUGUCUCUGCCAUGGCAGGAAGAGUUGUGUCUGCGUUUGAUGAGAGAAUUGGAGGCUCUCUGUGCCAAGAACAAACAGUCUAACACAGAAUACAAGACCAACCAGGCCAAUGGAGAGAACAGGACUGGAACAUCAAGCCUGAACAGCCAAUGCCCAUCAGAUGUCACACUGUAUCCCCAGCCAAAGUUUCUUCAGCUUUAAUAAACCAGAAGAGUUGAUGACCACACAGUACAGCCCCAAACCAAAAAAAGAUUUAUUCAAUUCAUUAACCUAUAUUCUAGAAGUUUCUACAAUUUGUUUUUCAGGACAAGCUCAUCUCAUGUGUUGAUGAAGGCUGAGGCAAAUAAUUUACAUAAAGAAAAGUGAAUAAUUCUGGAUAAACCUAUUAUAAUUAUUUGUAAGGGAUAAUGUAAUUUCUAUGAGGUCAAUAUAUAUUUUAGAAUAGAGUUAUAUAAAAUUGCAUCAAAGCCACUUUCAGAGCAUCAAAUCUCAGCGUGUUACUGUAGGAAGUGAAUUUUAUGAGUGACCCUAAAA